AUGCCGUGCGAGGCCCUGCUCCCUACAGCUGAUGCUGUCACUGUGCACAAGGAAGGGAUGGAUCAGGGCUCAUCCCACAAGAUGCAGAUGCCCUUGAAUUCUGGCUACAGGUGCUGCAGCGGGAUCCCUGGCCUGUGCUGCUUGAGCGGGGUGGCUCGUGUGGGCUGUGGGGGUGUACAGAGGAGAAAGAGGCAGCCACAAUUCACUUGGAACACCAUGAACUUUGGAAGACGAGGGGACGCUGCAGGCAAAAUUCCCACUGCUGCCUCUCAUUCUCGGCAGCCCUUGCGGAUCCUCGUGGUGGACACUCAAGCCCCUCACUGGGCCCACACCUGUCAUCUGGUCUGUGAAGCCCUGGAAAAUGUCUUUGCCCUCACCAGCAGCUUGGCAGGCCCACCACGCAUCCCCCUGCUCAGCAUCUACGUGGCCCAGGCCUGGCAGGAGUGCCUGCUGCCCUUCGUGGUGAUGAGAGGGGGCUUUGCUCGGCUACAGAGAUGCCUCGCAGAGCUCCGAGCCUUACCAACAGAAGGGGCGUUUCAGCCCAAAGAGGACGUGGUGACCCAGGCUGUGAAGGACGGGCUGCAGCAGUUCAAGCAGUUCACCAGGCAGAGCUCAGCAAGCGAGUCCAUAAACAGCUCUUCUGUGGAGAUCACGAUCCUGACGAGCCAAGCGGGCACAGAGAUGGUCAAGCAGCUGGAAGCCGGGCUGCAGGGCGUUGACCUGGUCAGUCUUCACCAGCUGCAAGUAGUGGUGAUCGGCAGGGAUGGGUGGCCAGCACCAUCGGAGGCAGAGGGGAUCAGCCAUGCCAGAGGGGAAGCCAGCUGUACUGAAAACGCCAUGGUCCUGGGCACAGCCAUUGACCUCCAGACAGUAGAGAAAGAUCUCGCGGCCUUGGAGACGUUCUUCAAAGGCUGGCUGCACGACUGGAGCACAGAUCGAGAGCACCUCCACCUCCUCCUGCCUUCUGGACCCACCAGCCGUUCCUGUGCAGCCGAGGCCGGCCUGGUGUGUGUGAAGUGUGAUGUCCAGGAGAGGCUGCUCAGCCCCGCUCUACUUCCUGCCACCUGCGGGGGCGCGGAUGAUGCACACAGUCCCUUCUGGAUGGCGGCAGGCCACACCCUGGCCCCACGCAGGCUCCAGGUUGUCAGGGCGCUGAAGGCUGAAGGGCUGUGCGAAUCCGUGCUUUGGGGGCUGCCUCUUGUCAUCCGGCCCACAAGCUGCUGGCAGCUGAACUGGGAUGAACUGGAGGCCAACCAGCACAACUUCCAGGCCCUCUGCCGCUGCCUGCAGAAACGGGAGUGGUUGCUUCUGGCCAAGUGCGAGCCCCAGGAGACAGGUCCCAGGUGGGGCCCCUCCGCAGACUCCUACCAGGUUCUCCUGCCUUCAGGCUCCUCUUCACUGCUGCUCCGCUCCAUUGCUGUCCGAGAGCUCCUCCUGCCCUGCAGCUUUCCCCCUCUCCCCGAUGACCUGCCUGAAGCAGCACUCAGCAGAAUAGAGAGCAUCCUGGACGGGCUGCAGGUUGAGGCGGCCUACAACCCCCUGGCUGUGACGAGUCACCUCUACGGGGUGCUACGGAGCAGCGCUGGCCGGCCACUGGCCUCCCGGGCACAGCGCCCACAGCGCUCGGCUGAACGGCACCUGCCCCGCCAGCAAUCCGGCCGGCAGCACCCCAGUAAGGCCAAGGCCACCGUGGCCCCUCUGCGCAUGGCCCCCCCGCCGCCGGCUAGUCUGGGCAGCUCCCUUUCCUCUCUUUGCUCCGGAGAGGGGGAGGGGGAGGCGUUCCUGGACUCCCUGUAGAGCCGACCUGCCUCCCUGUCGUGCAGGGCCCGUGUACUGCAAGUCCCCCCAAGAGCUCCCUGGCCCCAGCGGUGGGUGGGUGCCACCUGGGCCUGGAGGAGGAGAUCGCCAGCCACUGCCAGGUGCGGGUAUGGAGCCCCCGCUUCUGCCAGGGCACAGCCCCCCUUCUCCCACCGUCGAGCCUUUAUGCCAUGAGACCUGUUUGCGCACACCCCCUUCCCCCACAGCUCCAGCUGGCCCCUCAGCCCCCUUCCUGCGAGCGAGCCACGUCUCGGGCCUGGGCCUGGCCUCUUCCAGGGCGUGGCGGACAACCAUAGGGGGAAGGCAGGCCAACGCAGCUCUCCCCUCUCCGGCCUGGGAGUGAACUUGCCCCCAGUGGUGGGGCUGGGGCUGGAGGAGAGUGCCACAGAUUUAGCCAGGCGCACUCCUCAUACUCAAGUGGCAGCAGACAUUUCCCAUGUGUGGGGCCAGAGCACCCCGCACGAAUGAACUGGAUCAGAUGGGAAACAGCCUGCCCCAAGCGCUCGUGGGGCUCUGCCCGGGCCAAGGGAGCCUUUUUCUGAAGGCAGCUUCCUUGCUUCUGCCAGGCUUUGCUGGGUCUCGUACUCCAGCUUCAAUAAACUUCUUCACAGCA